AAUUGAACAUUCGUGCGACGCGCUACGUUUCAAAUUUUGUGUAAACUUUAAAUUCUCAGAACAAAAACAAAAUGAAGUAUUUCACUAUAGUCUCAGUGAUUGCUUUGAUUAUGGCCAUGAUGAUGUUAAGCCCAGUGGAGGGCAGCUUUUGUCCCUGCAAUCUCAAAGAGAAGGGCGAGGUGUGCGGCUCCAAUGGUGUCACCUAUAAAAAUCGCUGUGAAUUCGACUGCACACAGCGGGACUACAAGAAGCUGGGCCGAAAACUGAAUAUACAAAAAAUGGGAACAUGCUGAGAUAAGAUUACAAAAUGACAAAAAACCAAAAACGGGAAACUAUGCUUUGUUUAUAUAUUUAUAAAAAUAAAUGACUAAAAAUGACGCCCCAAUUCCAAGAAUAAAUAAAUUGGAGAACAAAUCUUGUUAA